CAUCUUGCUUGCCGCAUCGUGAUCCACUCCUCUCUCGGCCGUCUACUUAUACACGCAGCGUACACUCGACACGACUCUCUUCAUCCCACUCCCUCUCAACCUCUGCGCACCACGCCAACACAAACACAAUGACCACCGAAGCCCCCACCACCACCGCCUCCACCUCGCACAACGACAAGCGCACCGUCGCGCAGCAGCUGACGGGCAUGGCGCGCGCGCUCGCCUGGCGCGUCACGGGCAACAAUGUCGACAGCUACGACCCCAACAACCUGCCCGACAGCCAGCCGUCCAGCCCGACGGCCGCGGCAAACGCUGGCCCGCAGGCGUUCGCGCGCGUACGCGUGUUUGUGCGUGACGACCGUGGCAUCAACCCUACGGACAAGAAGGCGCUGCUCAAGAAGCUCGACUCGGCCAAGAUCAGGUUAGCCUGGCAGCUCGGCUCGAUCGAGACAGACAUUCUCGCGGCCUUCGGGGACGAAUACUCGCUUGAGGAGACGCUUUGGGUGCUCGAGGGGCUGCUCAAGGAGAAGAAGGCGUCGAUUGACGCUGGACGGGAGGCAGAGCAGUAAAGCCAGCGCCAACACGCGCAACGAGCGAAUGUCAAGCCGCAACCGUCGCCAUGGCCAUCGCCAUUCGUCGCCGUCUUCGAGACCACCCUGCCCCACACCACGACCGCUACACCCCCGCGACCGAGCCCGAACCGAGCCCGAACCCCGCCGCAGUCCGCCACCCCGCUCGCAACACAGACGCUCUUCAACGCGCGCGCGCAUACCGCGCACGCGCACGUAUAAUGUAAUACCUUUUGACGUUGA